CAACUGAGUUUAUACUUGAAGUAGGUCUAUAGUUCAAUUGGCAUUUUUCGUGCGCCACUGAGACUGAGAGUCGAUGAGAUGAGAGCUAGCCUAAGUGUUGCCAAGAACUAAGGAGCUUGGACCGAGGAUUGACCGCGCUGUGGUGACGCAGGAACCACUGGUAAGCUGAUAUUUACCAUGGAGAAGUACGACCAGCUCGGUGUGGUAGGCGAGGGGUCGUACGGCGUGGUCAUCAAAUGUCGACACAGGGAGUCGGGAAGGAUCGUGGCCAUCAAACGCUUUCUGGAGGGUGAGCAGCAAGACGUGCACGUGCGGAAAGUGGCCAUGCGCGAGAUAAGGACGCUAAGGCGUCUGAAACACGAGAACCUGGUGAACCUGCUGGAGGUGUUCCGUCAAAAACGACGCCUCUGUCUGGUGUUUGAGUUUGUGGAGAACACAGUGCUGCACCUGCUGGAGGCCAGGGGGGAAGGAGGUCUGCCGCCGGACGUCGUCAGGAGCUACAUGCUGCAGCUGCUGAGGGCGCUGCAGUUCUGCCACGCACAAUCGGUCAUCCAUCGCGACAUAAAACCGGAGAACGUCCUGAUUUCGGCCGGCGGCGUGGUCAAACUGUGUGACUUCGGCUUCGCGAGACCCCUGGCGGCGCCCGGAGAAAGCUGCACUGACUAUGUCGCCACUAGAUGGUACCGUGCUCCCGAGCUGCUCGUCGGCGAGACGGCCUAUGGCAAGGAGGUGGAUAUUUGGGCGUCUGGCUGUUUGUUUGCCGAAAUGCUCACUGGCGAUCCACUCUUUCCCGGCGAGAGUGACGUCGACCAACUGCAUCACAUUCUGCAGGUCACAGGUCCUCUCUGCCUCGCCCACCAGCUACGUCUAGGUCACGGCGCCGUGGCCCACGGCCUACGUCUCAGGGGCACGGGUCGACCCCUGUUCGGCGAGAAAUUCCCCUCCUGGCCGGCGCCGCAGCUGCAGCUACUCGAGGCAUGUCUGGUAAUGGACCCGGCUCAGCGGCCCGACUGCAGCUCACUACUUCAGCUGGAGUUUUUCACGCAAAACCAGUACGCCGCCACCCACACACAGGAGAUUUCCAGGAAAGCGCAACAGGAGUUCUCUACUUCUGCAGCCCUGCGAAAACUUGGGAAUAUCACUACUUUGAAGAAGAAAAUCGACGACAAGUUCUUCACCGGGAAGGAUAUCGAAAACAGAAAUCCACCGAUCCGACCGUCGACUGAAGUCGGCAGAACGACCGGUCACAGUUUGGCUCCGCCCCCGAUCCCGCCUAUUGGUCGACCGGCCCAGCCAGCGGUGACGUCACACGGCUGGGUCAAGGACGGCCUGGCCGGCUGGAGCAUCCUGGGACUGGGAAGAAGCAAGGCAACGGCUUCUGACUCCAAAACGGCCACUUCUGUUCAGCGAGCUCAGAAGAGCGCACUGGUCACUGCUGGUGACGUCACUGGAGGUAUGACGUCAUUGGUGGCAAACCCGAGGCCCACAUUGGCCGAGAUUAUACAGCAGCGUCGUCAAGCAGAGGACCCACGUGUAACGCUGCCUUCGCUACAGCGAACAGUUCCGCCUAACUCGUCAAACGUCAGCCACCGGGUAUCUACCGUGUCUCCUAUGGCGUCAUCAAAAACGUCACACGUGCGAUUGGGGAGUUCAGUGGCGCGGACAGAUGGGCAGGACAGCAGAGUCUUAGCGAGACUAUCGUCGGGAUCUUCUUCCAGUCUACCGCGCGUCUGAUCAAUAGCCUAUCGACGGCAGUACUGGCUCUUCUAGGGUUCUGCAAAGAAUUCCGCGAGAUCAACGAAAGGAUAAUAGUGAGCGAAAACUUAUCCUAUCGGACACAUAACGAGAUGGGAGAUAAAAAUGAGCGAAGGCUCAUCCCAUAAAAUCCAUGAGAGGAUGAACUGCAAACUAAGGAUGAGUGAGUGCUUGUCCGAUGAGAUAUAUGUGAGAGAAUGAGCUACAGGAAGGAGGAUGAAUGAUUAGGUAUUCAUCCACUCUGUAUAGUAAGAACUAAGAAGGAAAGCGUGCGGUGUUUUUCCUACAACUAUGUGCCUUCGGCGAAUUACUCCUACAUGUCUUUUUGAAGAUGCUAUAAUUGCGUCGUGUAUAUUCAAUUACCGUAUGAUGUAGUGAGCUUGCACAUAAUUUAUUUGUGUAAAAUAAAUGGAGUGCUGGUGUUCAAACACAGCAAAA